AUGAAGCAACACCUAGCUUCACUCCCAGACAUUGCAGCCCCAGAAACGGGAGAGUUGAUCUCUGAACACCUUUCGGUUGCUGAAGAAUCAAUAAGUGCGGUCCUCACCAUUGAACGAGACAAAGUUCAGACCACCAACACCGAAGCUGAAUACGAAGUGUUGAUAGCCGGCUUGAGGUUGGCUAAAGAAAUGAAGGUCGAAAAGCUUGAAGUCUUCACAGACUCAUUGCUGGUGUCAAGUCAAAUGAACGACAGUUAUGUUGCAAAGGAGCCAAAUAUGAAGAAAUACAAGGAAAAAUCCAAGGAGCUGAUGAACACCUUCCAAACGUGUACCAUCAAGCAAAUUCCCGGGUCUCAAAAUAAGAAAGCUGAUGCUCUAAGCAAAUUAGCUUCUCUCACCUUUGCCCACCUCACUAAAAAGGUGUUGGUAGAAGUAUUGAAAACCCCAUCAAUUGAAGAGUUGGAAGUUCAAGACGUAAUCACCGAAGAAGAGGCUGAAAGGGUUAAAGUCAAGUCUAGACAGUACGAGUUGCAAGGCGAAAUACUCUACAAAAAGGGUUACCUUGCACCCUUGCUGAGAUGUGUGGGUCCCGAACAAAGCCAGUAUUUGAUUAAAGAGGUUCAUGAAGGUAUAUGCGGAGCUCAUUUUGGAGCUAGAUCGGUGGUUGCUAAACUAAUGAACCUUGGGUAUUUUUGGCCCUCCAUGCACCGAGACACAACUGAGCAAUUAAGGAAGUGUGAUUCUUGCCAAAUUCAUGCACCAGUCCCAAAGAGUCCCAAGCAUGAUCUUGUCCCAAUAACCUCAGCAUGGCCAUUUUAUAAAUGGGGGAUGGACAUCGUUGGCCCAUUCCCACCAGCCAAAGGUGGAGUGAAGUUCUUUUUGGUGGACAUAGAUUACUUCACCAAGUGGCCUGAGGUUAAACCACUUGCAAAAAUCACGGGCAAACAAAUCAUUGAUUUCGUUUGGGAAAACAUCAUUUGUCGUUAUGGAUUACCGGGAGUGCUUGUCACCGACAAUGGAAAGCAAUUUGCCGAGAAGCCUUUCAGCGUUUAG